AAACUCGUCUAGCGAUCAAUUCACAUUCCAAUCCUUUCAAGUUCCUCUUUACAUACAUCCUCUUAACCUGCGAAAAUGUCUUCCGGCGGAUGUGGUUGCGGAUCCGGCUGCAAGUGCGGCAAUGGCUGCAGACUAAAACAUGGUGUCUUGUGGUCUACAUAUGUAUUAUCAAUACAACAUCUUGCCGUAAAUAAGACAGCCGUGAAUUUGGCUUCGAUCUCUGUUUAUGUCCUGUGUUUGGUCGCUGACUUAGCUGCAGCAUUGGAUGGUAGAAAAGGAGUCCCACCAUGGGAACAGCUACAAGAUUUAGUCUUAGAACUUGAGCCACCAAGAAGUUAUGCCUGAUUGAUCAUCCUUGGUGGUGGCAAAUGAAAUCUAUGAGACACAUGCUGAAGAAAUUUAUGAAGAAUUACGAGAAGGACACAAGGUGUUCCAAUCGAAUCUAGUGUGUGCUCUUGGAGGAAGCGGUACCAAAGUUGAAAGCCGGUCUUAGAAUGCUCGUGAAUAGUGGUGAAAGUUCAAACAAACAUAGUCCACAAAAUAUUUAUGUUGAUUAGCUACAAGAAAAUGUUUGGCAUUGC